AUGUUGCUGGGAGAUGCUCAUCUCGCUCACGUACAGCCUGCGCUUAGCCGGCUGAGAGACCGCGCACAACAAGCCCUGCAUACCGUGGCCAGAAACACCGUACCCUCGCAGCGCCUCGAGAAGACAUUAGGCUUGCUUAUUUUCCGCUACGUACAGGAGAAGCUUGCCCUAUGUGGCGAUCCGGAAGACUGCGCGAAAGCCAAACAUUGUCAGUGUGGCCUCAACGCUGACGACCUCCCCUUCGCUCAACUGCGUCACAUCGGAUUCGGCGACGCUAUCGGUGAACGUGCGCUCGCACUCGCAGUGGACAAGCUUCUAUCCGGCCCGGCGUUGGAUAGACCGUGCUAUCGGGUGGACUGGGACAAUGACGCCCCUGUUGCGUGGAAGCUAGACUGGUGGACGCAGUUUUGUCUUUCUGAGUUUCUAGAGAACUCGGUAAACGCUCUCACUGGCGACUCUAAAUACUACUUGAACAUGAAUGAACGCACUGACGUCCUAGCCAACGCUGCCGGUAAGAAUUUCGCACGCCAGCGUACGGCUGCCAUAUUCGAAUACGUCAAAAGCUGGCCUAAGGGUAAGGGCGCUCUGCACGACAUCGGUGUUUAUAGCGCCUCCAUAGAGGGCAAGGCAUACGUUUGCGGCGCCUUCAUCAUCCAAGUACAAACGCGCCUUUUGCAUGCUGGCGCAAGCACCAUCGAAAUCUUGAGCAUCUACACGAACGUUAUUUAUGUCUUCAGAGAGCUUGACCCUCGUGGUGUGAUGCUGGAGAAAGUGGCAGGGCCAAUACGCAACUACUUGCGCACCCGCGAUGAUACCGUCAACAUCAUCGCAGCAAGCUUCCUGGCCGCGACUGUGGAUGCCGAGGGUGUAAUUCACAUCAAAAAGGCGGAUCUCGACAAGAUCUGCUUUCGCAUUGCAGUAGAAGCUGCAAAGUCCAGCCUUGCGAAUAAUCGGCAGCAAAAAACACUCGACUGGAACGACAUGGCAUGGAAGCCUGAACCGGUCGACGCGGGUCCAAACCACAAAGCGGCCGAGUCUGAUGAUAUUGUAACGUACAUUCUGGGUCUCUUCGACCCGGAAGACUUCAUCAAAGAAAUCACGACCGUGCUGGCGCAGCAUCUCCUCCAAGCGACCGAUCCCGAGUACGUCAAAGAGACAAGGCUGGUUGAGCUGCUAAAGUCCCGCCUCGAUGCGACAAAGCUGCAGGCUGUGGAGGUCAUGCUGAAGGACAUGAGAGACUCCGUUACGCUAAACAAACGCAUCAGUAUACGGUCCGGCGAUGUGGACAUCCAGCCUCCUGCUCCUGCGGAGAUUCGCGCAGCGAUGCCGGAAGAAGGCAUCACUUCGGCGGAGCUGUACAAACGCUUCCAGCAUCGCAUGAAGCAAGCACAGUUCAUCGCCAUGCUGAAAGUGGUCGCCAACAAGCGCCACGACCUGUAUUAUCCGAAGCGAACCCGACUGCCACCGGACGCUGCCGCACGGGCUUCGAUCGACGUUGGCACCGUCAACGACACGAUCGACAGCCAUCCCGACAUCAGAGUACAAGUGCUGUCAAGCUUCUUCUGGCCGCAGAUGCGCGCAAACGAGUUUCACCUACCUCGUGCCUUGGCAGAUUUGGAGCAAAAGUUCAACGAUCGGUUUGCAAGUCUUGGCAAUCAGCGGAAGUUGCGGUACAGACACGCUCUCAGUCGCGUCACAGUGCGGCUGGCGCUGGAAGACCGUAAUCUCGAACACGUCGAUGUUCCGGCGUGGAGAGCGAGCGUAAUCGACGCUUUUCUGGAAGAACCCACAGUCACCGCCGAACAACUUGCGCAGGGCCUAGGAAUGGAAGAAGACCUGGUCCAAGACGCGCUAGCGUUCUGGACAGCCAACCGGGUCCUUUACCAACCGACUCCAGGCAGCUACGCCGUUCUGGAACGUCUGGACAUGGACAACGGCGAUACUGAUCCGACAAACCAACAGCAACCACAACCUGUCGAGCCCAUCCCAUCAAUAGUAUCGCAAGACGACAUGCUCAAAGCCAGCGCUCCUAUGUUCGAGACUUUCAUCGCGAAUAUGCUGCGCAAUGGCGGGCCGAAAGAGGUGGGAGGGAUGAUGGGGAUUACGAGUAUGAUGAAGAUGGUACUUCCGACUUUUACUUUCGGGGGGGAGGAGACGAAGUGGUUGUUGCUGCGGCUGGAGGGCAGGGGGGAGGUGGUUAGGCAUGGAGAUACGUGGGCGGCGGCUGGGUGA